AUGUCAUCAUAUUUUUUGCCGAUACCACUGACUCCUGAAGAUAAAGGAAAAGAAGGCUCAGUCAAAAAGGAAAGGCCAUAUAAGAUCUUUUUCAAAGAUCUCUUUCUUUUCAAAGAAAAUGAAGUGGCAGCAAAGAAAAAGGAAAAAUUUAUAAACCGCAGCAUGAGAGUCUACCAAAAGUCUACUUUUUCAUCUCGAAUGAAGAGUCGUUCACACCUGGGCCAAAGAGCAUUCUACUCUGACACAGCUGGUGACUCAUUUGAAAAAUUUGGGCUAGAUCCCACUCUUAUUCUCAGAUUAACAGAAGGUGCAGACGCAAAAAGGACCAUUCAUGAAUUUAUUAAUGACCAGAGAGACAGGUUUCUGCUGGAGUAUGCUCUCUCAACCAAAAGAAAUACAAUUAAAAAGUUUGAAAAACUCAUAGCAGUGAAGGAACAGCAACUCAUAAAAGCAGAAAAAAAGCUCCAAGAAGACGCCAUGGCCUUUGAAGAGUUCCUUCGAGAAAAUGACCAGAGAUCUGUAGACGCCCUUAAAAUUGCAGCACAGGAAACUAUAAACAAACUCCAAAUGACAGCAGAGCUAAAGAAAGCAAAUAUGGAGGUACAGGCAGUGAAAAGUGAGAUAGCAAAAACAGAAUUCCUCCUUAGAGAAUACACGAAAUAUGGAUUUUUUCUGCUGAAAUUGUCUCCAAAACACUGGCAAAUCCAACAAGCGCUGAAAAAGGCACAGAUGACAAAAAGUAGAGAAAGUAUGAAUGUCACUCUUCCGGUAUUAACAAAAUUAAAUACAAAGAAAAAUGAGCGCAGUAUUGAGGAUUCCAGGAAGACAUCUUUUUCAGACGACAAUUCUAUGGGAAGAGGAAAACCCCGCAGGAAGACCACCUUCACCCUAGAGAAUAAGAAAUCAUCCUUAUCAAAUCUCACUGAAAGUAUCAGUUCAGAAGAUAGUUUGGAAUUCUUUUUAGAUGAUGAUAUGGACUAUGAUCUGGAGCCAGAACUUUAUUUCAAAGAACCAGAAGAGUUACUUCAAGUCUUCACAGAGCUGGAAGAGCAGAAUCUAACUUUGGUACAAUAUUCCCAAGAUAUAGAUGAAAGUCUUGAAGAUAUAAAUAAAAGAGAAAAACUUAUACAGGAUAAAAUAAAUAGCAACAUAGCAUUUCUUUUGGAGCACAAGGAAAUGCUCAAGGCUAACUGUGUGAGAGAAGAGGAAAAAGCUGCAGACCUGGAAUUAAGGUCCAGGCUAUUUAGUUUUGGAGAAUUUAAAUCAGAUGCUCAGGAAAAACUGAUAGAAUCUCUUAGUAAAAAAAUUAAUCAAGUAUACAAGGUCUGCAUUGGAGAUGCUGAUGUUGGCAGUCUCAACCCAGUUCAAAAGCUGGUAAAAGUAGAGUCUCGCCUGGUGGAAUUGAGUGAUCUCAUUGAAUCCAUUCCCAAAGAAAAUGUGGAGACAAUUGAGAGGAUAAAACAGAAAGAACGGCGGCAAAAGUUACGUGAAGAUAAAAUGAAAGAAAAACAAAGACACCAAGAGGAAAGGCUAAAAGCUGCUCUGGAAAGGGCAGUGGCACAACCAAAGAAAAAGCUGGGAAGAAGACUUACCUAUCGUUCAAAACCUCCAUCUGGUAACAAACAUGAACUACUUUUGGUCAAGGAUACAAGAACAAAAUCACUAGAGGAAGAAUAUUUUUUCACUUGA